AUGUCAGUCAUUCCAACAAAACCAAAUGUUGAUAUUGAAGCUCUUGCUUUAAAGAAGGCCGAGGAAAUAUCUUUUGCUGAUCUUGGUGUCUCGAAAGAAUUGUGUGAGGCAUGCGAAAAAUUGAACUUUAAGCAUCCCACAGAAAUCCAGAAAGAAUCAAUUCCAUGGGCAUUAGAAGGCCGAGACAUUAUUGGUCUCGCUCAAACAGGUUCUGGUAAGACGGCUGCUUUUGCAUUGCCCAUUAUCCAGAAGCUGUGGGAUAGUCCUAAGGCAGAAGCUUUUUUUGCAUGUGUCAUGGCACCAACAAGAGAGUUAGCUUACCAAAUCGCCGAAACCUUUGAAUCAUUGGGAUCUGUCAUUGGUGUCCGUUGCGCAGUUAUUGUCGGUGGUAUGGAUAUGAUGGCACAAUCCAUUGCCUUGUCAAAAAGACCCCAUAUCCUUGUAUGCACACCAGGUCGUCUGCAAGAUCAUCUUGAAAACACAAAGGGUUUCAGUUUACGUACUCUUAAAUAUCUGGUUAUGGACGAAGCCGAUAGAUUGCUUGAUAUGGAUUUCGGGCCUAAAAUUGAUCAGAUCUUGAAGGCCAUUCCACGAGAGAGAAACACUUUCCUCUUCUCUGCUACGAUGACAACAAAAGUUGCUAAGCUACAGCGUGCAAGUUUAUCAAAGCCUGUCAAGGUCGAGGUAGCCACAAAGUACUCCACAGUAAAAACCUUGCUACAGUACUAUCUCUUCUUCCCUCUUAAGUUCAAGGAUUGCUACAUGGUGUAUCUUCUCAACGAGUUCGCCGGAAAUUCUACGAUCAUCUUUACUCGUACAUGUAGUGAUACACAAAGAAUUGCAAUCAUGCUUAGAAACCUUGGUUUUGGGGCAAUUCCUUUGCAUGGACAACUGGCUCAGGCUAAGCGUCUUGGUUCUCUGAACAAAUUUAAAGCCGGUACUCGUAAUAUUCUUGUUGCUACUGAUGUAGCAAGCAGAGGUCUUGAUAUUCCUCUUGUAGAUGUGGUGAUCAACUAUGAUGUCCCACAGUCAUCUAAAGAUUAUAUCCAUCGCGUUGGUCGUACAGCAAGAGCCGGUAGAUCCGGAAAAUCUGUUACCUUUGUUACCCAAUACGAUGUCGAGCUGAUUCAGCGUGUAGAAAAAGAUCUUGAGCGCAAGUUGGAUCCUUUCCCUCUUGAGAAAGACGCUGUCAUGAUGUUACAGGAGCGUGUCAAUGACGCUCAGCGUAUUGCCACCCUGGAAAUGAAAGAGCAUGCACACAAAAAGGGAUCAAAGCGCGGAAGAGAUGAUGAUGAUGAUAAGGAAGAGAAGAAAGAGCGGUCCAAUGUACCAAAGAAGAAGUUUGUAAAGCGCAGCUAG